ACCAAAUUGGAAGGUAACAGAUCAAGUCCUUAUCAGAAAGCCUAACUCAUAGUUUUAACAGAGUCCUUCGUCCUUUACAUGAAACAUUAUAUUCAAGAACAAAAACACAUUUCAGAGUGCCCAAAGAGUUAAUGACCACAGCUUAUAUUCCAGGCAGCAUAGAACCAAGAUCAUCACAUUACCGUCAACCACAAAAGACAGCAGAUCCUAUAGGGGUGGCAAAGUCCUAAGACUUGUCGCAAUGGCUUUGAUCUUUAGAAUAGCGAUGCAAUCUGUUGGACUUUUACUAUCUUUCCUGGGAUGGAUUUUAUCCAUUAUUACAACUUAUUUGCCACACUGGAAGAACCUCAACCUGGACUUAAACGAAAUGGAAAACUGGACCAUGGGACUCUGGCAAACCUGUGUCAUCCAAGAGGAAGUGGGGAUGCAGUGCAAGGACUUUGACUCCUUCCUGGCUUUGCCUACUGAACUCAGGGUCUCCAGGAUCUUAAUGUUUCUGUCACAUGGGCUGGGAUUUCUGGGCCUGCUGGUCUCUGGGUUUGGCCUGGACUGUUUGAGAAUUGGAGGGAGUCACAGAGAUCUCAAGAGGCGACUGCUGAUCCUGGGAGGAAUUCUGUCCUGGGCCUCGGGAAUCACAGCCCUGGUUCCUGUCUCUUGGGUUGCCCACAAGACGGUUCAGGAGUUCUGGGAUGAGAAUGUCCCAGACUUUGUCCCCAGGUGGGAGUUUGGGGAGGCCCUCUUUCUGGGCUGGUUUGCUGGACUUUCUCUUCUACUGGGAGGGUGUCUGCUCAACGGUGCAGCCUGCUCCAGCCACGCUCCCCUAGCUUCGGGCCGCUAUGCAGUGGCGCAAAUGCAAACUCAGUGUCCUUACCUGGAAGAUGGGACGGCAGAUCCUCAAGUGUAAGACUCCGACAAGGCCAGAGAUGUAUCCUGUAUCAACUGUGAUGACAAAGACCUCUUUGCUUUGUAGCUAAAUCUGUGAUGCUCACGUUUUCUCAUUCACUAUUUUUCUACAGUAGGUAGACCCACUUCCCUCUAAAAUCUGGAGAAUAAUGAAGGAAAAAUCUUUUAUCUAAAAGAAAAUGAUUAUGGUAAGCAUUAUAUAGGUAGAAGUGAAACAAGCUUCAUUGAUCUGGUUAUUGAAAUUAAUGUGGUGGCUGUCCAAUAUAGUCGGUUUCAAGCGUUAAUGUGUAAAUUUCAUAUUAGAAAGCUUUUUUCUGUUUUUCUUUUUUGUUGUUGUUGUUGUUGGUAGUUAGAAAUGAUCUUUAGUUUCUGUUUCCUAAAGA